UAAAUAUUUUGUACAUAAGUAGGAUUAAACGACGGCGUUCUAAAUAAAUCAUUUAUAAAACUAGUAAUAAAUUAAAAAAAUAUUUAUUGUGAAAAGUGGAUACGGAAGAUAAAAAUUAGUGUAAUAAAGUGAGAAAUGGCAUUAAUUAGAAGAGCAACUCAUGCUGGUAGUUGGUAUGCAGGUUCUGGAUUGGAGUUAAAUAAACAAUUAGAAGGUUGGUUGAGUGCAGCAGACUUAUCACAUGGACCUGCUAGAGCAAUUAUUGCACCACAUGCAGGUUACAGCUAUUGUGGAGCAUGUGCUGGUUUUGCUUAUCGCCAGAUUAGUCCUGUAGUUGUACGCAGAAUUUUUAUUCUUGGCCCAUCACAUCAUGUCAGAUUAGCAGGCUGUGCUCUUUCUUCUGCUUCAAUUUAUCAAACACCAUUGUAUGAUUUACAUAUUGAUCAACAAGUAUACAGAGAACUUGAAGAAACUAGACAUUUUGAAUGGAUGGAUUUAAAUACAGAUGAAGAAGAACACAGCAUUGAAAUGCAAUUACCAUUUAUUGCAAAAGUUAUGGAAGGGUUUAAAGAUUCUUUCACAAUAAUUCCUAUAUUGGUGGGUUCAUUAAGUCCAGAAAAAGAAGCACUCUAUGGAAGAUUAUUAGCACCAUAUAUGGCUGAUCCACAAACAUUAUUUAUUAUAUCUUCAGAUUUUUGUCAUUGGGGUCAACGUUUUCGUUAUACUUAUUACGAUAGGUCGUGUGGUCCUAUUCAUAGAUCUAUUCAAAAUCUUGACAAGAUGGGUAUGGACAUCAUAGAAACAUUAAAUCCUAUAAUAUUUACUGAUUACCUUAAAAAAUAUGGUAAUACAAUAUGUGGCCGACAUCCUAUUAGUGUUCUUUUACAGGCAAUUCAUAGUUUAAAAGGGAAUACUAAUGGCCAAAGAAUGAACUUGAAGUUUCUUAAGUAUGCUCAAAGCAAUCAGUGCAAUAAUAUGAAUGAUAGUUCUGUUAGUUAUGCCAGUGCUUCCUUAGUUCUUGAGUGAUACAGUAUACAUUUAUAUUAUUGUUAUUUAAAAAUUUUACAGAAAGAAAGAAAGUACU